AGGUAGUUCAAGUCAAUUCGACAAAUGAGAAUUUUCAACCUUACCUUUUUGUUACUUACCAUCUUAGUGAUUCUCUCUGCUGUGGACGUUGGUGAAUGCGGAGUUAUCGAAAAGAUCAGAAAGAUAGCAGGAAAAGUGGUUCCGAUUGUCGGUACGGUUGGUACGGUCGUUCGCACAGGAGUGGAUAUAUUUAAGAAAUUCAAAGGUGGAAAGUGAUAUUUUGUGCUCGAUUGUCGAUAAACCUUGGCAUUGUG